AUGGAGAAUCAUGAUUUAAGUUGUGAGCCAAUGGACAUCGAUACUAGCGGUCAUUCAGUUCGAGACAUGGAUAUUUCUUAUGAUGAACCGUCCUACACGUCGACUGUAAUAAAGACCGAAAAACCUGAUUUUGUCGCCGAAGAUGUGCAAGUGAUUAGCGACAAUAGGACCUCAGCCAUUCAACCAACUGUGAAGAAAUUUCAUAUAAACAUGCAGAGACCAUCCAAAAGUUACAACAAUGUUUUAUCCCAGUCUAUCUCAGUUGGUGUCGUAAUAUUACUGUCCAUAUUUGCACUACAUAUUUAUAGUUUAAAGUGCUUUGAGGAUUUCAAACUAGAAGAGUUAAGAACCUCACUUACGCAUCAAUUAUAUGGCCAGACAGACGUUAUUAAUACAAUAAUAGAGUCAUUGGGACAGCAAGACCAUAGAAAACUAAUAAUAUUCUCAGGAGGAACUGGAGUAGGGAAAACUCUAGUAUCAUCUAUUUUGUUGAAUAGUCUGGGACCAUGUUCUAAUGUGUAUCACUAUACUAUGCCUAGUUUCACAAAUUCGUUCUCAACAGACUUUAUGUAUGGUUUGACCAUGUGUAAGAAGUCAUUGCUAAUAGUGGAUGAUUUGACUGCUAAUGAUAUGCACAUCAGAACACAAAUACAGAAAGUUGUAGAAAAAAGUGAGUACUUAGGCAAAGAAAUCACAGUGAUUCUAAUAUAUAAUUGUUAUGUAUCAACUGCAGAUUUUAAAAGAAACUGUGAUGAGACAUUUCGUCAGAAAUUAUUGGAGAACUUGAGAGGGAUAAAAGUGUCAACAACUUUUGUUGAUUUCAAACCUCUUACAAAGUAUCACUUGAAGCAAUGUAUCAAGCAAGAGUUGGUCGACAGACAGUUAAAUGAUAAGGAAUUGGAGGAUGUGAUGAAGAACUUUGAUGUGGAUGUUGACGGCUGCAAAGGUGUUCACUCUAAGAUGAAGUAUUUGAAUAUUGUUUGA